AUGACCUCGCGCGACGUUCACGAUGUUCUCAAUCUCCCUUCCGAUCACUCGGGCGCGCCCCGACCAUCCAAGAAGCAAAAGACCAGCGCGCCACGACCAAACCUGAAGGGAUUAGCUCGCGAAGUCCAAAACCUGGGCGGCGACAACCCAAUAGCCAUCGUUCCUGAAGUUAACUUCUUCAAGAAGCGCCGCUUUGCGACACGGAAGCCGGUUGCGAAAUGGGAGCUCAAGACGUUCACCAACUCGGCGAGGGGAGACGACGGCGCAUUGGUGCUGAGGCAUUGGAAGAGGAGGACGGAUGAUGGCGCGCCGCCGGUAGAAGGUGCGCAGGAUGGGGAUGGGCAACAACAGCGGGGAGGGGGGGAGGGGACGCCAGCUUCGGAAAAGAGGGAGGAGAAGCCUGAGGACUCGGCGUUUGCUAAGUACAAUGUCAAGGUCGUUGUGCCUCACUACACCGAGGAUCAGUAUCACUCCAACCUCCAGAGCAACGACUGGACAAAGGAGGAGACGGAUUACUUGUUGGAGCUGGCAAAGGAUUUUGAUCUGAGGUGGACGUUGAUAUGGGAUCGGUAUGACUUUACUCCAAAACCACCCGGUGGUGGUGGUGAUGCGGCAAAUGGGGAGGAUACCAGCACGGCGGUGGUGCCGGCCCCAAAACAGCGGAGCAUGGAGGAUCUCAAAGCGCGAUAUUACGAGGUGGCAGCCAAAAUGAUGGCUGUUCAGAAACCGGCGCAGUACAUGACCCGGCCAGAGUUUGAGCUCUACGAGAUGAUGCAAAACUUUGACCCGGAGCAGGAAAGAAAACGAAAGCAGUUUGCGCUCAACACUCUGUCGCGCUCCAAGGACGAGGCCCGGGAGGAGGAGUCGUUGCUGCUAGAGGUCAAGCGCAUCCUCGCGCGCACGGAGAGGUUCAACGAGGAGCGCCGCGAGCUCUACAACCGGCUUGACUACCCGGCCACGGACUCGGACAUCAACUCGUUCAAGACGUCGGCCGGGUUGCAGAACCUGCUUCAGACGCUGAUGUCGACGGAUAAGAACAAGAAGAGGAAGAGCAUCAUGCCUGGGGAGGGCGUCAGUCCCAGCAACAACUCGGGCGUGCCGAACAGUGCGGUUUCGGAGACGAACCCUGCCAAUCGGAGGGAGAGCAUCGCCGCUUCUGCGACGUCGAAUAAUCAUCACCAUCAUGCUCGUCGUGAUUCGGAUGCGAGGACACCGGCUACGCCGGCUGAUCCGACGCCUACGUCGGCGGCGGCGGCGGCGGCGAAUAAGAAGAAGGGCGGGGGUGCGCAGCAGCCGGAGAGGAGGAAGUUGACGCAGCAGGAGGAGCAGGUUUAUGGCGUAUCGUAUCAUGACAGGCUGGGGAGCGGCCCGACGUUUCGGUAUGAGAGGAUUAACAAGCUUUACAGCCACAAGAGCGGGCAGCAGCAGCUGCGGAUUACGAAUGCGCUUAGCGAGCUUGACUUGCCGCCUAGGCUGGUGAUGCCGACGGCUGCGGUGACGGCGCAGUUUGAGGUGCUUUGGGGGGCGGUGACGGCGUUGGUGGAUUUGAGGAAGAUGAGUGAUCGGUUGGAUGGGGAGAUUAAGAUUGAGGAGGCGAAGAAGGCGGAACGGGAUCGGGCCAAGGGUAUCGCGGCCGAGAAGGAGGGGGAGAAGGAGAAGGGUGAGGGUGGUGGUGGUGGUGGUGAUGGUGCUGCUGCUGCUGCUGCUGGGGAGGGGGAGAAGGCCGGAGAGAGUAUUGGGGAGGGCGGGCAGACAAAGGAGGAUGGGGAGAAGAAGAGGCCCGGGAGUAGUGGGAGUUUGACUGCUGCUGGGCAUAAGAGGAGCGCGAGCGUGUUGAGCGCGGCGAGUGAUAAGAGCUCGAAGCGGCAAAAGAAGUGA